AGGCAGACUUGGUGGUGGUGACAGCUCUCCCUGACGCUCUCCAGCUCUCUCUCCCCCCACACAGCACACCCUACGCCACGCCACACCCCGGCGCCGGAGCACUUCCCCCACGCUCUCCCUCACGCCAAGCACCACCAAGCUUCCUCUCCCAAGGUGUCACACUCCCUUUGGUACAAGUUUGGCCACCAGGACCUGAUAACCAACUCUGAAACACUGACUUGAAUCGCGUUGCAAAGCUGCGUCUCGCUGGCUUUCGGUGUGUUAGUCCCGUGUCGAUGUGAACCCCAGCUGCUCAUAAGAUAAAUUGUAGUUCGCUUCGUGUUCCCGCUGCUCACCUUUGUUCAGGGCCGCCGCUGGGAGCCCUUCCCCUGAGACUCCAAGUCGUAACCUGGAAACUCGACUGUCACAGGAGCGUGUUUAUGUACGCGUGUUGCGUGCGCGCGUGUGCGUCGACACCCUCCAAACAGAGUCGUUCUGCGAGGCGGGCAAAGAAAAAAGAAGAAUUAGAAAGGAAAUAGACACAUUCGAUUCCCGCCAGGCAGGAACACACAGGCCUCAGGAAGCUGGGCUGGCUCGCCGCUGUUCUCUUCAAGUCUUCCUCGGUGUCGCGUGCACCUCAGAGUAAUUGCGUCCAAUGAUUUGAAAUAAGAAAUCCCCUGAAAAGACAUAAUUAAAGUUUCUGUCCUCAGUCAGGCAGAAAUACUCUCCGCACCUUCCCCACCACCCCGCAGCAUCAACAUCAUCAGUUAUCUCCCCUUGAGCCUUCAUAUCACGCCUCCCGCAUCCCCUAUCUCCAUUCAAGCACCACGCAGGAAACACACAGUAGGAGUUGAAAGAUUCCUACGUUUAUCCACACCGCCAGCCGUUUGAUGUGUCCUCUUCAUCGCGCUCAAGAGGAUUCGCCAAUAUUUGCCCCGGAAGCCAACUGACUGCACGAGGGACACCUGGCCGCGGCGGAGCGAGCCUCUUAUUUCGCUGGUUUUGAUCUGGCCCGCGAGAUCCCUCUCCGCCUCCCCGGCCCGCCUCCUGCUACUACUACUACACUGUGCAGCUACACGGAGCCCAGCUGAUAUUUUUAUACUAAGUGCGAAUGUUUCUUGGUGAAUGAAGGGAAGAGUCAGUAGACGUUGUAUUUACUAGUCUUUUGCUGUAGUAAACAAAAGUAAACCCUCUGUCUUAUUGAUCCGAAGUGCCCGAGUCGUGAUUCGAAACACAAAACGUACCAGAACACUGAACUUGAACACACACAGACAAACACACAUCACAUACACGUACAUACACACAGUACAUAUAAGCAUACAUAUCUCAAGGCUUCCAUUUUGUAACGAUUUUGAAGGAGGGAAAAGAAGAAGAGAAGUAAAAACAAAAGAAGUGAUAAAAAAGGAUAUUUAUCAAUCAACUAAGUUAACCCUUCCCUGUCUGUACCUGGGAAAGCAAAAAUUAAAAAGAAAACGUGAACGCAUCCAUACAAGUCUUCCAUAAGAGAGUGGCUGAAAAGUUGUGGAGGACAGCGGGCCAUCCACCUCCUCCACCUCUCCACUGUCUCCUCCUCCGCCGUCAGAAGUGGGGACUCUCACCAUCUGCCGGACUCAGCGGAAUCUGGACCAGCUGGGAGAGUGAGGAGUCAGCGUGAGGGGUGAGAGCGAGUCCCAACCUGCCUUACGUCUCUUCCCCUGACACGUCUGAGGCGCCGCGAGGAAAAAAAGGAAAGAAAAGGAGAAAACUGGAAAAUAUAGGAAAAAAAUAACAUUGGAGAGGCGUGAGAGUCAGAUAACGUAAGCAGAAGGGGUGAAAGCGUGAGAGAGAGAGAGAAAGAGAGCAGUCAGAGGAGAGACAAGGAGUAGGAGAAGAAGGAGGAGGAAGGAGGAAGAGAGAGGAAACAAUCACAGCAGCAAGAUGGUGAAGGAAUCCAGCACGAACCACCACGGGAGAGAAAAGAAAAGUUUCCUCCAAGAUUUUUCCCAGAGAAGAGCUUCCUACUAAGUUAGCCGAGGCCCUCCCCCACCUCUCCUCCCCCUCCCUUCCUCUCCCCCCCGGCUGUCACCCCCACAGGCCCCUCUGCCUUCGUCUCCUGGUUGCAUCUUGGCUCGUAACCAGCCAGGCCAGCUGUCUUGUCGACGCAGCCCCCACCAGCUGGUGUGUCCACCAGCUGUCCUCACUGUGAGCUGCUCUGUGCUCCACGCAGUAGUGUGUUCUUGCCACACUCGCCUCCAUCACACCUGGCGCGCUGACCUCCUGCCACCACCUUGGCUCUCACGCUUAGAGUGUCGGGCAGUAGAGGCGCCGCCUUGGAAGGCAGUAGCCGUGGUAUCGAAGGGCGCGGCGCACCCCGAGUGGUAUGCCCGCCCGCCACGCCGACAGAGUGCACGGAAACUCAAGUCGACUCUUAGCGGAGAGUCUGUCUCGCCGCGGCAUGCUAAAGUUACAAGCCUCACGUCGGCAGUGUUUCCUGCGCAAUAACUCUGACUUUCGAAAUAAUCGAGAGUGGAAUUUAUCUUAGGCUGUUCUGGGCUCGCAUUGCUUCCUGGCCAGCCCGAGUGUUCCACUCUAGCCACCACUCCGCGAGCUUCCCAUCGUGCACUUGAUCCACGCCAUCUUGAUCAUAAGACAGUUUUGAUACAAAGCAGACAAUUCCCCCAACCGCCCCUCACUCCCCCCAACCACACCCUUCACAAAUCGAGGAGGGCCGUCGGUCCUCCCUUUUUUCGCCGCGACGCUCGUGGACGCCGGAAACACCGACCUCGCCACCUCUGUAUGCCCGGCGAGGCACGCCACGAAGCAUCCUUACAAGCCGAGAGGAGCGAGAGGAGCGAAGCCGGCGGUGGUGGUCGUGAGGCGGUCCCCGCGACCUCCAACCACGACGCCCACACCCAGCCCGCUGAACUACCCCUUGGAGGCCCAUGUCACCUACCACGCGGCCUCCCACCCUUCCUACUACCCGAUGCAGGUGACCAAGCCUGCACGGGCGGUCCCCCAUCAAGGGAUGGGGAAGAGGGCCGCCCAGAACGCCAAUCAUCACUGCCCCGAGCAAAACAUCACGCCCGCCCACACCUCCUCCCUCAACUCGCAGAUCACCUCGCCCAGCAGCACCAUGAGCCGCAAGUCGGGCAAGAAGCCGCCGUCUGCCAAGUUUGUGUACGUGACGCCUCCCGCACCCCAGCACUGCACACAGGUGCUGGCGACGAUGGUGGUGUCACUGGGGCCACUGUGCGCCGGACUGGGUAAGGGAUACUCCUCCCCAGCGCUGGCCUCGAUGGCAAUGCUGUCCGCCCAGGGGCACCACUUCUCCAUCAGUGAGGACCAAGGCUCCUGGAUCGCCUCGCUUUCACUCUUAGGCGCCUUCUUCGGGGCGGUGCCUGGCGGGAUGGCCAUCAGGUUCGGAAGGAAACGGGUGUUGUGUGCGAUAUCCAUCCCCUUCGCUCUGUCUUGGCUGAUGACAGUAGUGGCGUGGAACGUCAACAUGCUAUACGUGGCAGCCCUGACCGGCGGCGUGUGCUCAGCCGUCAUCGCCGUCGUCACGCCUGUCUACAUCAGCGAGAUCGCUCACCCGGAGAUCCGGGGCUGCUUGUGUGCCUUAUCCAAGCUGAGCGGCAACAUCGGCAUGCUGCUCUCGUACCUGCUGGGCGCCUUCCUCGACUGGCGGGAGCUGGCCACGGUCACGGCGGUAGCGCCCAUCUGCCUCUUUAUCGCCGCCCUUUUCAUCCCAGAGACCCCCAGCUUCCUCCUUUAUCGAGGUCGAGACACCGAGGCGGCGGACGCCCUACGCUGGCUCCGUGGGUCGGAGGUAGACGUGGCGCGCGAGCUGACCACCAUGAAGGCCAACAUUGCCACGCUGCGCAGGGAAACAGAGUCCUGCCCGGAACGCCUGGCGCCCCGCGAGCUCCUCCGUCCGCUGUUUAUCACCUGCGGCCUCAUGGUCUUCCAGAAGUUCAGCGGCGCCAAUGCAUUUAACUUUUAUGCAGUGCCCAUCCUGGACAAGACCUUCGUGGGUCUGAACCCUUACCGUGCAGCUGUCGUGGUGGCCUUCGUGCAGAUCUGUGCCGGCAUGGCGUCGUCAGCCCUGAUCGACACGGUGGGGCGGCGGCCUCUGCUCGUGUUCAGUAACAUGCUUAUGUCAGCGGCACUGGCAGCCUUUGGGGGCUACACCUACCAAGGUCUGGACCAGGAUGAGAACCUGUUCGUGCGGCAGCAAUGGCGAGACUCAGACUGGGUGCCGCUCUUCUGUAUCCUCAUCAUUGAGAUCGCCUUCGCGUUGGGAGUGUCGCCCAUCAGCUGGCUAUACAUCGGGGAGCUCUUUCCGCUGAAACACAGAGGUGUCGGAUCCUUCGCUGCCUCGGUCAGCUACGCGUGUUCCUUCGUCAGCGUGAAGACUUUUGUGGACUUGGAGUUCCUACUGGGACUCUACGGAGCGUUUUGGUUGUACUCUUCUGUCGCGGCCAUAGCUCUUGUGUUCACGCUCUUGUUCGUGCCGGAAACGAAAGGAAAAAGUUUGCAAGAGAUGCAGGUCAUGGACACACAAAAGCAAACCCUUAUAUAGCAGCCCGCCCGCCCACUAACGCCGCUGCGACCGCCCACCGUCCACUGGGAGAUGCGUCCUGGACAGCGGCCCUACAGGGAAAUCCUCCUGUGAGUCCCGCUGUGAGGAGCCCCGAGCCUCGUGUCCGCGGCACCGCCCACGUCUUCCUGCUCCUGGUGGUCCGCCACCCACCCGCGGUGCCGCAGUGCGCGAGUCUCCAAGGCCGCAGCCACGCUAGAGGGCGGCCUCACACACCUUGUGAUAUACCCACGCCCGCUCCCAUCAACACCCAAAACUGCGCUCGCCCCCUAUCCCUGGCGGGCGCCGACCCCCUGCCUGCUGUCUGCUGAGGCAGGAAGCAGGGUCAUCAACUCAAGACAUCUAAGUCAUAGGUUCAAAUUGACUCUGUUCGCGCUCUGUAAUUUCUACUUUUUUCUUCCGGAGUAAAAGGUUGUUUUUGCUGACUUGACUCUUCUGUGAUGCACAGCAGCUCCGGCUCUCUGUCACGCUGCGUGGACGCGCGAAGGCCGGGGUUGUGUGGAGGAAGUUAAGUAUGUGAGUGAUAAAGGGCCUUAUCUACAUGUAUAAACAGUUGCUAGGUAGUUCCGUGAUCAGGGUUACGCAAAAUAAUCUUUUCACCCAUCACCACCACCUUCUGUUGAGGACACGGUCACCCCAUGGCCGAGCCGCGUCCUGCAGCCCUCCUGUGUACUCCCUGUUUGAGCUUUUCUCGCAUCGAGCGUAGACGAAGCGAUUACUUCUACGUUAGGACUUUCAUUACUAUUCUACCUGUAAUUUAAUCCAUCUAAACUAUAAGGUUAGAUCAGGUAAUAAUCGAUUGAUAAAAAUAAGUUAGCUUCAGACAGACACUAAUUCCUCUCUAAUCUAGUUCAGCGAUAGUUCCAGACAGUAAGGAAAAUACUCUCUCGUCUCCAGCUUAUAAGUUAGGCACUGAACACCGACUCACGGUCUCGUCUGCAGUGCAGGUAGUGAGAGCGGAUUGGAAGAUCACAUAUUAGGAGGAAGUUCUGACCAGCGCAUAGCCCUUCCGGCCCGGCGCCGGCCACGCCUUCUCCAGGGCCAAGUGGCCGCGCGCCCUACCACCACGCUCACCACCUUCACUCAAAAGGGAUCAAAGUCUUUCCACGAGAACGAUCGCUUCACCCGCUAUCCAGGGGCCACCACGUCCUUCACGGGGUCUGGAAUCUCUGCUGUAAGUUUAAGGGACUUUUUUUUCUCGAGGGGGAGGGGGGUAUUUCGUAUUCUCUUUGAGCAACCAAGUGGCUUAACGUGAUCCCGCGCCGCUGAACUGACCAGCGGGCACCAGGAAAACACUGUACCCACGUAUCUUCCAGGACGCGUGAUAAUUAUGUAUCUGAUAGGACUCAGGAUAAUGGUGUGUCUGCCAAGGAUUCCAGAUCACUCUGUCUUCCAUAAAACGAGAAAAAAAAAAGUUACAAAAAUUGGAAUCCUGAGCUUUCGAGGAUUUGAAAUAUCAUUGCUUAUUUGUCUGGAAUCUGCGCGCCUGAUCUCUCUCUCUAAAAGGUUUGGAAAUUGUAUACCAUUUUGGAAGCUUUCAAUGUCGUCACCGUGCCGAGGGGCCGCGCGAGUCUUGUGCGAGGGUGAGGCUCCUUCGGCGCCCCUCAUUCCCUGAGCUCCUCAGUCUCUGCUCCUUUAACUCCUUUUUCUUCAGCACAACCAUUUGUCCUUCCAUCUCUUGAGUUCCUGAAUCCUUCAGUCUUUUUGUACGUCAACUUUUACAUCCUUCAAUCCACUGCCUCACAACUCGUCCAGUCUCAUGCUAUUCAUUCCUUGGAUCUCUCAAUCUCCCGGUCCCUCAACUCUUCACCUUAGCUUCCCCGCCCCUCACUGCCCUCACAACACCCAACUCCUGUGUCCCGCCCCCGAGCCGUGUCCCAAGAAUCCUUGUGUCGCCGCCUCACGUGUGCUGGGCCGCAGUUGCCGCCCAAAUGGCCCACUUGGCUCUGUUUUGUUUCCUCUCUUUUUCUCCUUACGAACGCGCCUUAGGUGUUUGGUGGUUUAGUUUCAAGGCGACGAAGGGUCACCGUCAACACGUGCGGCGCGCCCCUCGAGGCCCCUAGUGUCGCUGCUGUGUUGUGUGCGCCGCGCCGUUGGCAAGGUAUUAAUGUUUACUUUUCAUUUUUUUCAUGUUUGUUGGAUCAAGUCCCUCAUGUCGUAGAGUUAGAAGGAAAAGGUGACAUGGACACGUUUUGUAUGCGUGCAUGCUUGCAGGCACGCACACAUCCACCUACAUGAACGGUCACAAGUUUGUGUAUAAACACACACCCACACAAACACACACACGCAAACACACACACACACACACACACACACACACACACACACACACACACACACACACACACACACACACACACACUCGUAGUUCAAUCGCACCUCGGUGCCCAAACCCCUGCGCCGUGUUCCUCGUCCUCCCUCCCCCACAUCUCCCCAUCGCCCCCCUAGCCCCUCCCUCAGCGUGGCCUCAGCUGCGGCCGCACGACAUGACCGUGUAUGUUAGCAAUAUUAGUCUACGUGCACACCAGGGGCACCUCUCAACAGCAGUAAUGUGUAGCUUUGCAGUGUCGGGGUCGGGACGGCAGGGAGCAUAGCAGGGACCCCUCAUAUACGCUUUCCUUCACUCCUCCCGUAGCAGGAGUAGGUUAGGGCACAGCCUCUCCUCGCAGGCUCUCAAGGUGCUCAGGAUACACGUGUAGGUUGUCUGUCAUGAACUCCUCUUCACUUGUAGCGUAGCAGCGGCGGAACUGAUGGGCGGCUACGGCGGCAUAGAGUACAAUGAUAAUUUUCGGCUUACCGUCAGUAGGUGUUUGUAGGCACUGAGGACUCUGCAGCCACUCUCCGCGUCGUGAGCCCCUGGUGGUGCUUCUUUCUUUUAUUAAUUUUCCAUUUCAUGUAAUUAAAGAAAGACAUUUUGGAUGUAAACUUUACUACCGUGCGAGGUGAUGUGAUUCUUCUUGAAAGCUGUGCGUUCCAUCGUGACUCAAACCUUUCCCUGCCCCUUGUCCCGCCCCGCUCCUCCCCACCCCGCGUGACGUGUGUGUGUGUCGACGGGCCGCCACGGACUGCGUGACACGAGCGGCAAAGUUACAAGUCUUUGCCGUCUUAAAUGAUGUCAUACUGUUAGGGCUUUUAUACGCAUCGGCUUAUUUUAUAUGAAACCUACGCACACACACACACACACACACACACACACACACACACACACACACACACACACACACACACACACACACACACACACACACACACACACACACACACACACACACACACACACACACACA